AUGUCCUUCCCUUUCAGCGACAACUCCCAUGGAGGUCUCCGAGCGGAUGCUCCCCACACCAAGCCCCCCAACAGCCGACAAAGCUCUGUUCGGUAUGCAGACACUCCGACAGUAAUUGGCCACAAGCACCAGAAUGAAGAUGAUACUUCAGUCCACGACUACGGAGGUGACCUCGAGCGAGGCCUCGGUUCGAUCGAUACCAACGGACAACACCGAUCUUCUCAGGAAGCCAUCAAUGACAAGUCAGGAGCUGGUACGGGCAAUGCCCGCCGUCCCUCCAUGUUCAACCGCACUUUUACGCAGCAGAUUCGAAAUGCGGGAAUGGAUGAGGGCCUGAACUUUAAGGAUUUGUCCAAGGAGGACAAGCGUCAGGUCAUGCUUCUUCCAUUUGCAUACAUCAUGGACACGAGUUUCAAGGAUGAUGCCGUUGCUGCUCUUGGAGAGUUUGUAGGAACCACCAUGUUUCUCUUCUUUGCCUUUGUCGGCACUGGAGUUGCCAAUAUUCCAGCUGGCAGCGGUGCUGACAACUCCACCACGACCGGUUCCACUGGCUUCGACAUUGGAGUCCAGACAUACAUUGCACUUUGCUUUGGGUUCUCUCUCAUGGUCAAUGCCUGGGUCUUUUACCGCAUCUCCGGAGGACUGUUCAACCCUGCUGUUACGCUUGCCCUUGUUCUCAUCCGCGCCAUCUCACCUCUACGCGGUGUCUUUGUCUUUGCUGCCCAGUGCGCCGGAGGCAUCGCCGCAGCUGGACUAGCCGCUUGCAUGUUCCCGACCGAGCUCAAUGUCAGCACGACUUUGGCACCAGGCGUCAAUCUGGCGCAAGGAUGUUUCAUUGAGGCGAUCUUGACCUUUGAACUGGUCUUUACCAUCUUCAUGUUGGCAGCCGAGAAGCACCGAGCCACCUUUGUCGCCCCUGUGGGCAUCGGUCUAGCCCUCUUUAUUGCCGAGCUGGGUGGUGUCUACUACACGGGCGGCAGUCUCAACCCAGCUCGCAGCUUGGGGCCUUGUGUAAUUGCUGGCAAGUUCCAAUCCGAGCACUGGAUUUACUGGGUUGGCCCCAUCAUUGGUACCCUUGUUGCCACUGGCUUUUACAAGGUCAUCAAGUUCUUCCAGUACGAGAGCGUCAACCCCGGACAGGACUCUCACGAAUAA